GCAGGCUUCCCACCGAGCCAGGACCCUGGGAUCAUGACCUGAGCGGAAGACAGAUGCUUAAGCUUAACCAACUGAGCCACCCAGGAGCCCCUCAAGUUUACCUUUUUAACUGGAGGCAGGGAGAUCAGCGAAAAGGCUGUGGCAGUCAGUAAUCCGGACCAAAUGUUCGCCAUCCAGCCAGGGGUGGCUGAGGGGGGCCAGUUCCUGGGGGGCCCGCCGGGAGUAUGUCAGCCGGAGCUCCAACCAGACAGCAACUCUAACUUCGUGGCGAGUGCCAAAGAUGCCAAUGAGAAUUGGCAUGGGAUGCCAGGCCCCGUGGAGCCCAUCCUGAUGAGGAGCUCCUCUGAGUUGCCCUCGGCCAACCAGGCCUUCCAGGCCCCUGGACUCCCCGAGGGGGAGGUGCGCAGCCCACCAGAGGGGGCAGAGAUCCCCAGAGCCGAGCUGGAGAAGUUGAGUGGGGCCAGCACAGUCUGCUCCCCGCUGGAGGACAACGGCUACGCCAGCAGCUCCCUGAGCACUGACAGCCCCAGCAGCAGUCCUGAGCACGCCUGUGGGACCCCUCGAGGCCCGGGCCCUCCAGAUCCCCUUCCGCCCUCGGUGGCCCGGGCGAUGCAGCAGCUGCAGGCCCAGGAGCACUACAAAGAGCGGGAAAAGGAGAAGCACCACGUGCAUCUGGUGAUGUACCGCCGCCUGGCCCUGCUCCAGUGGGUCCGAGGCCUGCGGCACCAGCUGGCGGACCAGCAGACCCGCCUGCAGGAGAGCUUCGACACCAUCCUGGACAACCGAAAGGAGCUGAUCCGCUGUCUCCAACAGAGGGCGGCCCCAUCCGGGCCCCAGGAUCAGGGCUAAGGGUGUGCCUCCGCAGGGGUGCAGGGGUGUAUGUCCAUAUUUACCGGCAUGUGUGUGGUUGUGCCCAAGUAAGUACACGCUUAUUUGCUGGUAUGAGUGCAGGUAAGCAGGCGUGAGGGUGUACGUGCUAACAUGCGGGCAGGUGGGGCCAGGCACGGACCUCUAUGGACGCACAAGCUAACGCAGGUGCAGGCCUGUGUGUGUGUGUACGUACGUGUGUGCAUAGCAUGUAUGUGAGAGGGAGUAAGUUUGCAUAUGUAUGCACGGACAGGUGUCCAACAGUGAGCAUGUAUGUGCACGAGUAAGGAUAUAGAUGCAAAAGGUGUGUGUGCCUAUGAGUGAGUCUGAGUGUGCAGGCUUGGGGUGGGUGCAUAUGAAUGUGCCUUUGUGUGCGGGUGCAGGCUUGCGAAGCGUAUAGUAGGAGCGUGUGUAUUUGCAUUCGGACUCACAAGCAGGUGUAUGCAAGUACGUAUCCAGUGGCUCAUGUGGGGCAUCCACACCCCAUGUUACCCAUCGCCAACCCUAGCCUUCUUUUCUCCACAGGGUCCCAUUGCUCCGGAGAGAGCGCUAGCCUGCAGUCAUUUAUCUGAGGGUUGUGGCUGAUCCGUUCCCGAGAUUUCCCAGGCCACCUCUCCACCCUCUCCCCAUCACUCCUCUCAGACUUCGCUCUGCUAAGGCUGUUGUCCCUGUUGGUGGAUUUGCUGUGGGGAGUGUGGGGGCUGCUCUGGCCUGCCAUGGCUUUUUGGCCACGAUUUUGGCAGGGCAACUGGUAGAGAACUAGUAUGAGGGAGGGCUGCUGGGGGUGGUGAUGGACACUGUGGCAGGGAUGGGGGUGGGAUCAGAGAAGAAGAUAAAGGACUGUCCCACUUGAACUCUGCCUUGGGGCACAUGGGAGAUGGGGAGGAGGGAGAUGACAGUGGCAGAACCCUGUGAAGAAUAAGGGAACGGGAAUUCCAAAAUAUCACUUUGAAACAAACCACACUUCUCCACGGCAAAGGAACUGUUGCAGAUCGUACUGAUUUAAGCUUCUGGUGCACUUAUGUGUGCUUAUACACUUGCAAGGAAUGGAAAAGGUGUUCCAAAACUGCUGGAGAAAAAAAAAAUCUCACUUUCUUCUCUGUGCCUCUAUUUGCUGUGCCUCUCUAGCUUUGGCAACACUGGAUGUUAAAUUAGGUUGGUCUGUUUUCCUGCAAUCAGGCUGUCUGGGCCCAGAAGAACCAUAGUCAGCUUUCCAGGGUGGGCAGGGGGCAAUGUCAGCCCAGGCUCUGGAAGCUCUUAGGAUGCUGGGUUAUAACCCCUUCCGUCACUGCAUGGUCCUUUCAAUGGAGGUCGACAGGCUCCAGCAGAGGUUCUGUGAAUUGGAGAGUGGGUGAAUUCCGGGGAGAACCAAGGACUAAGGUAGCCAAGCUCUCUGGUUUGCUUUUGGGAGCCAUGAGGAUGCAAGGUCCUGAAAGGUGAGCAGUGGCAUGAUGCCCAGUCUCCCUGUAUGCAAAAUGGGGGUGCUCUUCCUAUCUCUAAAGAGUUCUAUCCCUGACAGGUGGGUGGGUGAGGGGCAUAGGGAGUGAGGUUGAAGCAAUUGUCCUGGGGAGUUUUGUGUCUAGCCCUUGCAUGUUGAGUAUGAACGUGGCCUCUGGGCCAAGCCAGGGUGAAUAAACUGGGGCAGAGAAAUGCA